AUGUCCCUUCUGUUUCUUCGUGUUAUUUUCCUGGGCUGUGCAUCAGCCAGUACAGCCAAUGGCGCAGCAAAUGGAGAGGCUGGACCUUGGGACGAACAUUGGGAGAACCAUGAGAACCUCCAAUCCUCCAGCAAGACAUGGUCCGACGCGAGGCAUCAGGUUCUCCAGGAUGACAGGGUUUUGCCCGUUUGGCCGGCAGGGGGCUCUCCAGCAUCUCCAUCUGGGCCAUGGCUGGAGCAGACUUCUGAGGAGAAAUGGCUUAAACGUGAGCUGCUCAAGGAAGCGCAUUGGCUGCAGCACAAGCACCUCGUGUACAAGCUUCCUGAGGGAAGUGCAGAGCAGCACGCUGUUUUGGCACAGCACGCUCACGAUGUCGUGCAUGGAGCGGACAUGACCUACCCCGACGACCCGGAGAGGCGAGGGCACUUGCGUCACAAGCAUUCCACGGGGGACAAGGGCAGUCAGGAAAGAGCAAGCCUGCUCUCCCAGUUCAAGGCAAUGCAGAGAAUGCAGCCUUCGUACCCUGGUUUGGUGCUCUCAGCCUCUCGCAGCAACUCGCGCAGCAACUCCAGCACUUCGCACAGAGUUGCCGAGCCGGAGAAAGAGGCAGCGCAGCUUCAGGAGGAAGAGAGGCAACUCCGCAAGGAACGUGAGAAGCUUCAAGAGGAGAUGCAGCUGCAGCACAAGCGCCUCAUGCUAUACCAGCAGCAGCAUCAUGACGAAGAGAUGGCAAACACAAUCAAAAGCUUGAAACACAUAGUCAGCGACGCAUCAAAGAAGGAUCAUGACAGUAAACCUGUCGCACCCAGAAUGCCGCCAAAAGCAGUGGAUUUGUUAGCACUACCUGACGGUCCACUUGCUGGGCUUGUGGCAUGCGGUGUGUGUGCGGCUGGGGUGGCCAUGGUGGCCAUCAAGGCAUUUGCGCACACUGGCCAAGGCCGAUCUCAACAUGCUGUGAGCCUCCUAGGCGAGGAGGCUAAGGCGGCUAAGGAGGCGGCCGAUCCUUGA